GCUUACGUACUCGCACAGUGCGUGUUGAUUAGCGCUUUGAUUACGCGAGUCCUUUUAAUUACACCUGCUACAAUAUGUCGAAGCUCAUAGCUGGAAAACUGGCAUUUGUCACCGGUGCUGGAAGCGGCAUUGGAAGAGAGGUAUGUCGAGUUUUUGCCCGAGAAGGUGCUAACGUUAUCGCAACCGAUCAAAAUGUCAAAACUGCUGAGGAAACUGUAGCCACUUUGGAAGGUGCUGGACAUGUUUCAUUGGAAGUUCAAGUCACUGAUCGGAACAGUAUUGAGACAGCAUUUAAAGAUAUCUUAAAGCAAUUCUCAAAACCACCUACCAUCAUUGUUAAUUCAGCAGGCAUUACACGAGAUAACUUUUUAGUGAAACUCAGUGACAGUAAUUUUGACGAUGUAAUGAAUGUCAACUUAAGAGGUACUUUUCUAAUUAUGCAAACUGCUGUCAAAGCAAUGAUAGAAGCGAAUGCAACCAAAGAUGCCUCGAUUAUCAAUAUUAGUUCGAUUGUCGGUAAACGUGGAAAUAUUGGGCAGAGCAACUACAGUGCAUCAAAAGCUGGAGUUGUAGCUAUGACAAAGAGCGCUUCCAUGGAGUUUGGCCAGUUUGGAAUUCGGGUGAAUGCAGUACAGCCUGGUUUUAUAGACACUCCUAUAACUGCAACUGUACCUGAUAAAGUUAAAGAAUAUUUUAUAAAAAAUAUACCGUUGCAAAGACUUGGAAAGCCACAAGAAGUGGCAGAGGUCAUUGCAUUUUUAGCUUCUGAUAAGAGUUCUUAUGUAAACGGAGCAUCUAUUGAAGUUACGGGAGGAAUGUAUUAAGUUUUAUGAUUCAUUAUAAAUGAGCAGACUUACGCCCCACCAUCAUUAUAAUACCGCGAGAACAUUUCAGAACCAUUGGUCGGACCACUACCGACUCGUACGAUAC